AUGGGUUACGGUAGAGACCAACAAUACAACAAGUCUAACUUUAACAGUCGUGGUGGUGACUUCCGUGGUGAUAGAUCCUCUGACAGAAACUCUUACAACAGAGACAGAAAUGACAACUUCGGUCAACGUGGUGGUAACCAAGGUGGAAGAUCAUUCAACCAACCACAAGAAUUGAUUAAGCCAAACUGGGAAGAAGAACUACCAAACUUACCAGUAUUUGAAAAGAACUUCUACCAAGAAGCUGAAUCUGUUAAAGCUAGAUCUGAUCAAGAAAUUAACGAAUUCAGAAGAGAACAUGAAAUGACCAUUACAGGUCAUGAUAUUCCAAAACCUAUCACUUCCUUUGAUGAAGCUGGUUUCCCAGAUUAUGUAUUAGAAGAAGUUAAAGCUGAAGGUUUUGAAAAACCAACUGGUAUCCAAUGUCAAGGUUGGCCAAUGGCUUUAUCUGGUAGAGAUAUGAUUGGUGUUGCUGCUACUGGUUCUGGUAAAACUUUGUCUUACUGUUUGCCAGGUAUCGUUCACAUCAACGCUCAACCAUUGUUAUCUCCAGGUGAUGGUCCAAUUGUUUUGGUUUUAGCCCCAACUAGAGAAUUGGCUGUCCAAAUUCAGAAGGAAUGUUCCAAGUUUGGUAGUUCUUCAAGAAUCAGAAACUCUUGUGUCUACGGUGGUGUUCCUCGUGGUCAACAAAUUAGAGAAUUAUCUCGUGGUGCUGAAAUCGUCAUUGCUACCCCAGGUAGAUUGAUCGAUAUGUUGGAAAUUGGUAAGACUAACUUGAAAAGAGUUACUUACUUGGUUUUAGAUGAAGCUGACAGAAUGUUAGAUAUGGGUUUCGAACCACAAAUCAGAAAGAUUGUUGACCAAAUUAGACCAGAUAGACAAACUUUAAUGUGGUCUGCUACUUGGCCAAAGGAAGUCAAGCAAUUGGCUCAUGAUUACUUGAACGAUCCAAUUCAAGUUCAAAUCGGUUCUUUAGAAUUAUCUGCUUCCCAUAACAUCACUCAAUUAGUAGAAGUCGUCUCGGACUUUGAAAAGAGAGAUCGUUUGUUGAAACAUUUGGAAACUGCUUCUGAAGAUAAAGAUUCUAAGAUUUUGGUAUUUGCUUCUACCAAGAGAACUUGUGAUGAAGUUACCAAAUACUUAAGAGAAGAUGGCUGGCCAGCUUUGGCUAUCCAUGGUGAUAAAGACCAAAGAGAACGUGACUGGGUCUUACAAGAAUUCAGAGAAGGUAGAUCUCCUAUCAUGGUUGCAACUGAUGUUGCUGCUAGAGGUAUUGGUAUGUAUACUAACUUUUUUUUUCAAUUUUGCAUUUUUUUUACUACUAAUUAA